AUGCAGCCUGCCGCCAGAUCAGAUAUUUCAGAACAUUCCGUGGCGAAUAUUCAGUCUGCGACAGCUUCAAGCUAUGAUGCUGUGGCAGUGAAUGAUGAUCAUAACAUCGGUCUUGAUGACUUUAUGGCCUUCCCUGACCUCGGUGAAUGGUCUGAUUUCGGCCAAUUCACCCAGCUUCUCGGAGCCAAUGUACCUAUGGCCUCACAAGUGGAUAAAAAGCAUCACUAUCUGGGAAAGCUCACAGAUCUAAACGCCGAUCUACUGAAGUACAUCGCGGACAUCGACAGCACAGAGACCUCCAGUACGAAAUCAUCGCGCCAAAUAGUGCCAGUGGGACAAAUGUUGAGGUUCAUUCAAAGUUUCCUUGAGGUGCUAAAAUUCUAUUUGAUGAUCUUCCCCGUAAAAGGCUCCCCGCGCUUUGCACAGCACUCAGAUAAGGAUGCUGAUAACGACUCCGAGCCUGAAUUCGAGUCCAGAGAGGGAGUGUUGAGAAUCCAUACAGACAUUCUUGGAGCAGGUGUUAAUAAGUCGUCCACACCAAAAGCAACGGGCUUCAAUGAGGAGCGCUCUGCUCUCGACUACCCCACGGCUCUGGCAUUGAGCACUUGCUAUGUAUCGCUGGUACGUCUGUAUCGUGAUUGGCUACAAGCUCUCGUGGGAAGGUUGGAGAAAUCCGUACAUCGUGUACGAGAAUAUGCCGCCAUGCGGAAUUCAGUUGCAACAUGUGGCGAUGAUUCUACUGAUGCUGCUACAACCAACCACCUCGCCUAUUCUCAGCUAUUUGGUGACAUUCCACGGGUAUUACCCGAUGUGUACCUGGAUGGCUUUGACUUGGGUGACUAUCGGUCUCUCCAGAUCUCAGUCUUCAUGCAAGUCAGUACAGAUCUGUUGUGGCGAGCCGAGCGAGGUGUAGCAGCGCUGGUUGCCACGGAAUCCAUUGGAUCCGAUAUUUCCAGCGGCACCCUUCCACUCCUCCAAGCAAUGCUGCAACAAGAGGCUAGAACUGCCAUCUCUACGCCUGCUUCUUCUCAAGAGAAUAGGCUGGCCCGACCUGAGCAAAUCGGUCUGCAGUCGCUCAAGGUCAUUAUGCGUACCAUUCGAAAAAGUCUUCGGAGUAAUGUCUGCCUGCAACUUGAAGAGGGCAACCGUUCAGCUGAAAUGGGGAACCUGACAUAG